AUGGAAUUAUAUAUUUGGCCGUCUGAUUUCGGGUUACCUUCGGUGGAUUCGCGAUGUCUUCAAUUUAUGGCAUGUGCGAAAAUUUGUGCAGCUCCCAUAUCUGUCAUUCCUUCCUGGUCACCAUGGAAUAGUGCAAACGGUGAGUACCCAAUAUUUAUUGAUCGGAACAAUGCAGACGAAAAAAUUUUCAACUUUGAUGAUUUUGCGGAAAUGCUGCGAAAAAGUGCACAAGAAGUUGUACUGGACAGUGAGUUGACAGUAGCAGAAAGAUGCGAAUUUGAAGCAUAUUCAAGUCUGAUGCUGCGAAAUUUUUAUCCUGCUGAGUUACAAUUUCUGUGGCUUGAUACUUACAAUUAUGCAGCUAUAACCCAACAUUGGUAUUCGAAACAGUUACCGUUUGGUUAUAACUUGUAUUACUUAGAAAAGCGCCGUCGGCGAGCUGAAGCAUAUGUUACGGCUUGUGGUCGUAAUGAAAAAGAAAUUGUACAAGAUGCCAUCAAUGCAAUUAAUUUGUUGUCAGCGAAGCUUAGUGACAACAAGUAUUUUUAUGGUGAUAAACCAAGUUCUAUUGAUGCCUUAAUUUUUGGAUAUUUGGCACCAAUUCUAAAGCUACCACUUCCAUCAGAUCGAUUACAACAGCACAUAAUGAGUUGUCCAAAUCUUAUACGAUUUGUUGAAUCUAUAAUAAGCAUAUAUUUACCACUCAGCGAAACUCAAAUAAGACAGCAAGCUCUUUCGAAGGACAAAUGGAAUGCCCGACGUCGCCGUGCACAAAAAAAAGCGGAACAAGCAAAUUUACGGCGAAGUACGAGUGAAGAAAAGGAUUCAGCGGGUAUUAUGGCCGAUAGUAUAUUCUUCGUAGUAAGUGCAUUAACAUUGUCGGUGAUAUUUGCCGUACAUUGUGGCCUACUGACUUUUUCUGUCGAGGAAGAGGAACCACAGUUCGAAAAGACUUGA